CCUUUCUCCAUCCCAUCCACAACGCGGGACGACUUCAACUCAAGCUAGACUUACGAAAAUAUAAUGUCCAACCCCCGCCGCCCGCCGUUGUCCACUCACUCCUCGUUUUCUGAGCAAGGUCGCGACCCCUUUAGCGACGGACAACCUCGCAUUCAGUUUGUAGAACCACCCGUCCCCCAGCGCGGAGUAACCCAGCCAUUCCAGAGCACGGCAUCGCUUCCGCAUGAAUUUGGAGGCAAUGGUGGCUACGAUGACGACGAAGAAGAAAAGGUGCCUCUGACGGGUGAUCAAGGCUUUGUUGGUGGUCUUUAUCCGCCUGGGCGCCAAAUUGACCCCAAUUCAUUUGGCGAUCCGUACGCACGCCCAGCAUCUGUCAUCUCGACCGAAUCAAACAGCACGGAUACCGCCUGGCGUCGUCGCCAGACAAUCAAACGUGGUGUCACGCGCAAAGUCAAGCUUACGCAAGGUAAUUUCAUCGCCGAAUACCUCGUGCCAACAGCCGUGCACAAUGCCAUUGAGCCCAAAUGGAAAACUACAAACACUACGGAGUUCUCCCAUAUGCGCUACACGGCGGCUACAUGCGAUCCAGAUGAGUUCACGGAGGCAAAUGGUUACUCACUGCGUACAAAAAUGUACAAUCGAUCAACGGAUUUGUUGAUUGCGAUUACCUCUUACAAUGAGGACAAGACGCUUUACGCACGUACUCUUCAUGGUGUUAUGUUAAACAUUCGCGACAUUUGCAAGACGAAGGCAUCGAAGUACUGGCGCCGAACCGCUGAAGAGGGUGUACCAGGUUGGCAGAGGAUCUGCGUCGCCCUAAUUGUCGACGGCCUUGAGCCAAUGGACAAGAGUGUUUUGGAUGUCUUGGCGACCGUAGGUGUGUAUCAAGAUGGUGUCAUGAAGAAGCAGAUCGACGGAAAAGAGACCAUUGGGCAUAUUUUUGAGUACACUACGCAACUUUCAGUUGAUCCUACGCCCCAACUUAUCCUUCCGCACGGUGAAGACCCGAACAACCUUGUACCUGUACAGAUCAUCUUCGUCUUGAAGGCAAAGAACCAGAAGAAGAUCAACUCCCACAGAUGGCUGUUCCAUGCUAUUGGCAAAAUACUCGAGCCGGAGAUCUGUGUCCUCAUCGAUGCGGGAACAAAGCCCGGACACAAGUCGAUCUACUAUUUGUGGGAGGCCUUCUACAACGACCCUCACCUUGGUGGUGCAUGUGGUGAAAUUCAUGCCAUGAUUAAGGGUGGGAAGAAGCUUUUGAAUCCGCUCGUCGCUGCGCAAAACUUCGAAUACAAGAUGUCAAACAUUCUUGACAAGCCGCUAGAGUCGUCCUUUGGAUACGUGUCUGUGCUUCCUGGAGCGUUCUCCGCCUAUCGCUAUCGUGCGGUUCAGGGUCGUCCCUUGGAGCAGUAUUUCCAUGGUGAUCACUCCCUGGCUGAUCGCCUGGGUGCUAAGGGUAUUCACGGCAUGAAUAUAUUCACAAAAAACAUGUUCUUGGCCGAGGAUCGAAUUCUUUGCUUCGAACUCGUGGCCAAGGCAGCGCCCGAUCGGUGGACAUUGACAUACGUGAAACCAAGUAAGGCUGAGACAGACGUGCCAGAAUCUGCUCCGGAGUUGAUUGGACAACGUCGGCGUUGGCUUAACGGUUCAUUCGCGGCGUCAGUAUAUGCGCUCGUGCACUUCUUCAGGUUCUACAAAUCCGGACACGGCAUCAUUCGCAUGUUCUUCUUCCAUAUCCAGGCUGCAUACAACAUUUUUUCACUGGUCUUUUCGUGGUUCGCUCUGGCCAACCUUUGGCUGACCUUCUCCAUCAUUAUCGAACUCCUUCCCGACUUGCCUCAGGAUCCUAUCAUCAUCUUUGGCACGGCUGAAAUCACACAUUGGGUCAAUGCAGCGUUCAAAUGGAUUUAUCUAUCGUUCCUCGCUCUGCAAUUCGUGCUUGCUUUGGGUAACAGACCUAAAGGUGAAAGAGGGCUCUAUACACUCACACUAUGGGUCUACGCUGUUCUGUCACUUUAUCUCAUGGUAUGCGCGUUCUGGUUGACUGGCAAUGCCUUUGCGAAAAUCCCGAGUGAAUUGAAGAGUAAGAGCGUCGGCGAGGUAGUCUUGAGUCUUAUUAAACCACCGAUUGGAGCGCUGGUGGCAGCAAUGGUCUCAACUUUCGGAAUUUACUUGUUCGCGUCCUUCCUAUUCCGGGACCCAUGGCACAUGUUCUCAAGUUUCCCUCAAUACUUGCUGCUUGCACCCAGCUUCACGAACGUCCUCAACGUCUACGCCUUCUGCAACUUGCACGACGUGUCAUGGGGUACGAAGGGAUCUGAUAAGGCAGAGGCACUCCCGUCUAUGACGUCCAAGAAAGGCAAGGAAGAAGAUGGUCCAGUCGUCGAAGAUACGACCAGACUUCAGGAGGAUGUCGAUGCUGUCUUCAAGGAGACUGUCACCCGUGCUGUUACAAAGGUUGAAACGAAGGAAGUCGUCGAGAAGCCGACGAUGGACGACCAGAACAAGACUUUCAGAACUCGUCUCGUCGCGGCCUGGAUGCUUUCGAAUGCCGGCCUGGCAGUCUCCAUUGAGAAUCUGAACGGUUUGUCCAGUGGCAAUGAGCAGACGGAUGAACAGAAGUUGCAGUCGAGACAGCAGACGUAUUUCGCGAUCAUUCUGUACUCGACUUUCGGUCUUGCACUUGUGCGAUUCAUGGGCUGCCUGUUCUACUUCUUCAAGCGUAACCUGUUCAGGUGUUGCCGCAGGUCUUAAUAUGGACCGUUACUGGAUUAGAGCAAUGCAGGAACAUUGUCCGCUGCGACAUUCGCACACCAUUUUACCCAAGCUCUAUUGUAAAUUGCUGAUUUCAAAUCGUGAAAUCAUACCCAUCUCUGCAUCGCAUUUUACGGACUCAUUAAUGUCUCCCUCUGCCUCUCUCUUUCUCUCUGCGUCCCAAGUUUUCCCUUUUUUUGUUCAUUGUUUACGAGUAAAGCUGACUGUCACAGGACAGUCAGCUGGUAGUUGAAGAUGUUGGGCCAGAGCUUCAGUUGUUGCUCUACGGGUCGAAAUGGACUUUUUGACUUUUUGGCUUUUUUUGCUUUGUUUGGAUUGGCUUUUUCGAUUUAAACAGAACGUUUGGCUGCUAGUACUCUCCUUGGAUUGGUUAAUAUCGUAUAUAUAUUCGCG